CCGUUCUGUACAGCACACCUAUGUUUGCCCUCUUUGUCGGGCUUAUUUAUGCUUGUGUUUACGUAUACUCCGUCCACAUGCAUCGCGAAACGGAUCUCUGGUGGUCACAUCUCACGGUGACUGAGAAGGAAAUUUCAUAUCGUACUGAACAAGGUUUGUAUUACUCCUAUUUCAAGACCCUCGUUAGCGCAAAAACCCUCUCCAAAGGUAAAUCGCGUUCGGCUCAUUUAUCUACUUGCAGGCUUGUAUCAACUCUCGAAGGACAAUAAAACCGAAGCUCCAGGCUUCAUUAAUAUCUACAAGCGUAUGAACAUUAUACCGGAGGUUAUCCUAGCAGUAUUCUACUGGUUCCGACAUCUGUCUUCCAAACGAGUAUUGGCUAUUGGUCCAGUCCUAAUGAAAAUCGGAAUCUUCGGUGCAUUGUUUAGUCUCUCAAGGGUAGCACUGCAGUUACGCGCACGGCUCAACGACCUUCGAGAGUUCUACGAUCCCGAUACAGUUGACUUAAUGAACUGGAUUAGCACCCAUACUAAUCCGGACGCAAUAUUUACGGGGUCAAUGCAAUUGAUGGCAGGCGUCAAACUGUGCACUGGACGGGCUAUCGCAAAUCAUCCACAUUACGAAGAUGCCCGGCUUCGUGAGAAAACUCGGCGGUGGCCCGAUUUGUGGCUGGCAAAGCCCGAACUUGUAAAAACCCGUACAAUCAGUGACUCGUAUCACCUGGAUGAAGAAACCUGGUCAGCGCUACAGCAGCCUAAUCAAGCUGCUGUCAGACUGUGCUCGGAACUGACCCAACUUUCUGCCCACCACAGUGAAAAUUAUCCGACUCUACAACAACGGCGUUUGUCACGUUUGUUUACUUUGGUGUACGAAAAUCCCACAUUUUAUAUUUUCAAAGUGAAUUUUGUUGCAUAGUGACCCUGUGAAACACGUUUGUGUUCCGUUGUGCGUGUGACUGUUAUCCAAAAACCGUUUUAU